UGCUUUGAUCUAGUGGCAUUGAAGCUCCAGCUGGAGUGUCUGAUUCUGGGUUCGAGCCUUGGCUGCUGCGGAAUUUACAUGUGGGCUGCAGCACCCGAGACCAAAGACCGUUACAUGGUGAACCACAUGAUGACGCCCUGUUAGCGUCCAUGCUCACUUCGAUCUCUAGUCUGGACCACUUCGGUGGGACCAGGAUAUUCUGUUAGCAAAAAAAUAAAGAAAUGCACCCCACUAUUAGAAGUCAACACAGACAAAAAAAAAUAAUCGAAAAUAAAAAUAAUAUAAAAGUCAAUAACUCGCCAGUUCUCAUUUUACUAUAUUCUUAUAUAUAUGAUAAUCUAAUCUUAAUAUAGAAUCACCAACCAUCUUCUUCUCCCAGUUUCUUCAUCUUCACAAUCUUAACUCUUGUACAUAUCUUAAGAGCUUCCGUGGACAAAAGUUUUAUAUAUGUAAAAAAAAUGCUGGGAAAAAGAAUAGCUUCGUUCAAGAAUCUAGCCAAGAAAGUGAAGAGCAUUAACACGAGAGAAGGCGGCUCCGAGUCAACUCAGAGCAUGUCUCUUCUGAUGGGUGAGACGGAGGACACGUCUCCGGCGGCAACAAAGACGCCUACGGGAACGUUUGCGGUGUACGUAGGGGAAGAGCGCGUGAGGCGGGUAGUGCCGACGAGCUAUUUGAAGCAUCCUCUCUUCAGGAUGCUCCUCAACAAGUCACAUGACGAGUUACACUGUCUCCAGCAGAAGGUUAUGUUGGUUAUUCCUUGUAGCCUCUCUGUCUUCCAAGAUGUCGUUAACGCCAUCGAGUCUUGUCACGGCAAUUUCGAUUUCGGAGAUUUUGUGGAGGAGUUUCUUUGAUUUUAAUUAAUCCAAAGAACAUUUCCAAGACGUCGUUAACGUUCUUGUUGAUCAUUUUGUUUUCGUUUUGAUAUAAAAAAUAGAUUAUUGCUUAGGUCUUUUUAGGAAAAUAUAUAAUCGUUUAUAGGACUGAUAGUGAAAUUUGUGAUUGUAUACAUUAAUCCAACACCCCUUUCGUUGCGUGGUGUGGAAUUAUUUUUUUAUCGUGGAAAUAAUUGUAUUCAUAUAUCAAUACAUAAUUAUCUCUUUUUUUGGGCAUAUUUGUUUGGUUUCCUUUUAGAAUGCUUGGUCAGAACAUGUUGGGAUGUUUGUGUGAAGACAUGUUGGUGAGUUGAGUCAGAAACUUGUCUAAAAACAUCGACAGACUGAGACUGCGAGCAAAUCUGUGACAUUGAGAGGGUAAUGAGAGAGAGCA